CUCUAUUUCAUGCCCGUCGCAUGCCUGCCGACAUGACGAAACGAAAGCGCGGAAGUAACGAAGAAGAGCUCGUCGAUGUCGGACUCGGCGCGACGCUGGCGCAUUUGAGGGGUGAGCAUCAGCCCAAUGCGACGCCGACUACUGUCGAGGACGACGAAGGCUGGACCGUAGCCGGCGGCUCCAAGAGGAGGAGGAAGGAGCGAGCAGACUCCGAUAACUCUCAUGGCGGCCGCCGAGGAUCAGGCGCUGACGCACAAGAUCCUCAACCUGAAGAAGCUCGACCUUCCGCCAACCCAUUCGCUCCAGAUGGCGAGAAGCUAGGAGAUCGAACAUCACCCUCAAAAAAUCCAUUUGCGACAAAUAAAGAAGGUGCUGGUGAUGCGCCCAAAGAGACAUGCAUCACCAGGGAGGAGCGGCGCAAGGAACGCAAGCUUGAGAGGAACUACCCGUCCAUCGAGCAUUCACAUCAUGCACGGCUGCAAUCGCACGUGAAGAUCACAGAUCUACAAUCUCUGGUGCUUUAUCUACUUGCAGAUGGCAAUGCGCCUCAGUGGGUCUCUGUGCGCAAUCGCACGAGCAUUCGACAAGUCGUCAUGCUGAUGGUUCCUGGCUUGGAGCUGGGCAUGUUCAAUGGCAAAGUUCCGUUAGACGCUGCGACAGCUAUGGAUGUAGACACGCCAGCUCCUGAACAAGUACCCGCUGAUCUUGCGUUCGUAUCUCAGGAGGUCGCACCUGCAGAAAAGGACAAGCCAAAGUAUUUGCGCAUCGCAGAUAACGAGUACUACCCAGCGAGCUUAAAACCUAGCAGAUUGCCUGCCCCUUUGAAGCCACUUUCUGACAUCUUCGAGCAUGUCUGGCCGAUCAAAGCUCAGGGCGAACAUCGCGGUAACCAGUUUAUCAGGGUGCAUUCGCCUAUUCACACUAUGCUAACCUCGCAAAUACCUAAGACGAAAGAGGAGAAGCAGAUGAAGAAGAACGGCGGUCACAAAGGUCCAAUGCCACAGAACUCAAAGCACUGGGACAAUAAGCGUACACCAAUAACUGAGUACAUUGCGACUCUCGCAGAACAACAAGAGAACGAAUACGUCCUUCACCCAGCUUGGUUUCUGACGCCCGCGUCUAAGGCAGCUGCGCACAAGCAGAGGCAAGAAGUCGGCCAGUCUGUUGACGACGGUUGGGUCGACACCAACAUCACAAGCCUAGAAGACGGCAACGUGCCUGAGAGCGAGAUCGAGCAGGGCAGUGUGACCGCUGGACGCCAUAUUAUCUCUGUCGAUUGCGAGAUGUGCAAAGCUGAAAACGACCAGCUUGUGCUAACACGGAUCAGCCUUCUAAACUGGGAUGGCAGUGUGGCUAUGGACAAGCUAGUCAAGCCCGAUGUUCCUAUCAAAGAUUACUUGACCCAGUGGUCAGGUAUAACACCAGCUAUGCUCGAAAACGUCACAACCACACUGUCGGAUAUACAGAAGGAGCUACUGGAACUUAUUACCUCGCGCACGAUCCUUGUGGGACAUUCACUCAACUCGGAUCUCAACGCGAUGAAGCUUACCCAUCCGUUCAUCAUCGACACAGGCAUCCUCUUCCCUCAUCCUCGCGGACCGCCAUACAAGCAGUCGCUGAAGUGGCUUGCCCAGAAAUACCUACAUCGAGAAGUUCAAAAAGGCUCCAGUGGCCAUGAUAGUGUUGAGGAUUCGAAGACAUGUCUUGACUUGGUCAAGCAGAAAUGUGAAAAAGGCCCCAAGUGGGGAUCUGGCGACACCAAUGCGGAGUCCAUCUUCAAAAGACUGGGACGAACGCCACGGCCGAAGUCGACUAAUGAGACGCGCACCGGAGCUGUCAUCGACUGGGGCGAGCCACAACGUGGACAUGGCGGUCAAGCGCAGCUCUCAAAGGGCUGCAAAACAGAUGAUCAGGUCGUCGAGGCCAUCGACAGCGCUCUGAAAGGAGCGAUGGAAGCCAAAGAUGGUGCCACUGGUAAAGUCGACUUCAUAUGGGCUCGACUUCGUGAGUUGGAGCUUGCUCGUGGCUGGUGGGACGACGCAAAGACCGCGGAUGUCGAGCUGAUUCGACAAAAUGCCUUGCAGAGAUUGGGGCUUCUGAAAGAUGGAGAAGACGACGUUGAAGUCAAGGGUCCUGAGCUCGGCGAUGCCGUUUCGAAAACCGUCAAUCAUAUCACUCAGAUCUACGACUCGUUGCCACGCUGCACAGCGCUCAUUGUGUACAGUGGUACAGGCGACCCACGAGAGAUCCGACGUCUGCAAGCGAUGCAACAGCAAUAUCGCCGCGAGUACGCUACGAAGAACUGGGAUAAUUUGAGCGUGAAAUGGACGGAUACCGAAGUGCAGGCCCUUUCACAAGCCUGUCAGGACGCUCGCAACGGCGUUGGGUUCAUUGUCGUCAAGUGAGAUGCAAGUAUUUGUGUCUCGCGUGUGCUACACGUGUAGUAGCACAUGGGUUUCGAGCUGAGCUUUUGUGAUAAAGUAGGCGCUUGCAAUACAGCCUCAUCGCUUGUGGCCGCAUGUGUGGCACGGCGUCCGUUGCCACAAACGGUGUCGCGCCCUAGAGUGUUGUGAUGUUUUGUAGAGCAGUAUAUCGAAGUGUGCGUAUCGGACUUGUUGAGGAUAUAUGAUUGCGAUUGAACGCGUUUAGCGAGAAUAUCAGGC